GAUCUCACAGCAAGCUUGGCCGACCGGAAGAUCAACGUUGCGCUGCCCACCUAGGUAGUUAGAACGCCUUCUCGGGUAUCUACUCCCCUUCAAGUACAGAGGGAUCACCAAAUGAUAAUCGCAUUCAUCUCAUUCUUGAAGCAAUCCGCACUUGAAAUGAUUAAUCUGACAUCCUGUAACUGUUUGUCGCCUUCCGUGGACGAUGAUCAUGAAGAUCACCAAGUUGUGUUGGGCAUCAUGAUAGAUGAAGGGAAGGGACUCAAUGUAUUUAUAUGAUCCAAGUUUCCACACAGAACGAAGAAUUUGCACACAUCAAUCAUUCACACUAUCUUCAAACGUUCUUAAACUCAAUCUUCCAUGAAACCACUCAAUUCACUCGAUUCACCCAACGCACCAAAAUCAGCCAAAUCACUCAAUUCCCCAAAGUUACUCAGUUCACCUAGUCCAUCCAGUCCACCCAGUUCACCCAAUUCACCUAACUCCCUCAAUUUACUCAACUCACUCAAUCCACACCUUCAAGAUGCAUGUCGGUAUUGUAGGCGCGGGCAUUUCUGGACUUAGCGCUGCCAUGCUUCUCCGUCGCAAUGGCCACCAAGUUACUGUCUUUGAAGCCAGUUCUCGACUCGGAGGACGCAUUUACACCCACAGAUUUGGUAAAGGCACCGAUGGCAGCGAAGUUUACUUUGAAGCUGGUGCAAUGCGGAUCCCUCGAUCGUCACUCCAUAAACCGGUAUACGAUCUCAUCAAGUACCUCAACACGCACAACCCUCCGGAAAUGAAGGUUAAUUUGAUACCCUAUGUCCUUGAGCACAAAAACAACAAGGACUUCAUCAUGGGCCGAAAGCUCGAUGUCGACGACGUUUUCUGGGGAGAAGCCCUAAAUAUCCCAGCAGAGUUUCUCAAAAGAUCUCCCAGGGCUCUCCUCGAAGAAAUAGUAUUCCCUUGGCUGGCAUUGUUACGACUGGAUUUCGAAACCGGAUUUCAGAAGCUACUAGAGUAUGACGAAUACUCAUUCCGUGGAUACCUUCGCAAGCAGGGAUGGCCCCAUGAGGUGAUUGAGCACGUCGAGCUCACCACUAGCCAGACCAACCAGUAUGACCUAAGCUUCACCGAACUCAUCAUGCAAAACCUCGACUUCGACACCAAGGAUUGGUGCACUGUCCAUGGAGGCAUGUCCAAUAUGAUAGAUGCUUGUGCAAACAUGGUCGGUCGCAACAACAUUCGCUUGAAUGCACCCGUUUGGAGUAUUGCCGAUGGCGACCACGACAAUAUUGAGGUCGAAGUCUCCGGGCACAGUAGUCGGGCGUAUUCCUUUGAUAAGGUUCUCCUCGCUAUUCCGACAGGGGCUAUAGCAAGCAUUCAACAGCGGCCUCGGUGGUCUUUCAUGAAAGAGCAGUCGUUUCGCGGGGCCUGGUUUGAGCCUCUGUACAAGAUCGGCUUGCACUUUCGUACUCGAUUUUGGGAGCAUACACCGAAGCCAUGCUUCGGGGGUCAAAGUGCAACGGAUUUACGUUUCAGGUGGAUCGUCUACCCGUCUGACCACAUAGGCAAUACUGGCUCUGGCGUUCUGUUGCUCUAUUGUUGGAUGUCCGAUGCUUUAAAGUGGGGCUCACUAACUCGCGAAGAGCGCAUUCACAUCUGUCUUCAUGAUCUCGCGAAGUACUUCGCCGAUGAUGAUAAUGUUGACGUUCAUGACCAGUUCAUGGAAGCCUUCGAUAUGCUAUGGUCUAACGAGUCCUGCGGUGGUGAUGCCAUGUUCCUACCAGGUCAAUUCACGCGUUUCCACGAGGUGGGGAAGAAGGCGGAGGGAAAUGUCCAUUUCGCUGGCGAGCAUCUCUCCAAGCACCACACAUGGAUUGCAGGUGCGCUGGACUCGUCUCUGACAUCGGUGAAGCAGAUGACGGGCGGUGAUGUACAAGGUUUGGGAACAGAACACGACUUUGUGCAGCCAAAGCUUCCGAAGACAACCGUGACAACACCUGCGAUUGGGGCUCUGAGUCGGGCUAAGGACUUGUCGCUGGCACCUGCUCUGGCUAGCUCCAUUCUUUCUUCUGUCUUGCCUAGCUUCAUGAUUCCUAUGCACUUGAAUGUUCAAUACGUGGAGGUGUUUUAGCUCCUGACAGUCUUUUGUAGAUAGGGAAGCAGGGUAGCACAUGAAAUAACGUAACUUGGGCAGGGGAGUUAUGAAAUUUGUAAAUAGCUG